AGUUUCGUUUCUUCGGGGAAAUUGUUUGCCUAGUCCACUUCGUUUGGCUCACAAUAUUUUAAGAUCAUAAAUAUAUGAGGUGAUGUGAUGAUGACAGUGUCGACUGGGAUACUCUGAAUCAAUUUACUUUAUUAUGAUUAUGGUGUACCUGCGCAUACCUUUACUUCCGUCGUCUGCUGUUUGUUGACUUGUACUUAACCUCGACUCGCACCAAAACACACGUUGUAUGUAACAACGAAAAGGAUAUAAAUAUUUAUCUCUUCGUCAGUAGAAGGUUAAAGAAAAACCAUGUGACACAUGAUUGAUGGGCUGUGUGUGACAUAGCAAACGUAAUCAAAAUAAACAUCUCUAUCCGAAGAAAUUUUUCAGCAAGACCAUGUCUCUCCUACUUCAGCUACCGGAUGAGCUGUUAGUCAUGAUUCUUAAUUACUGUGCCACAGCAGACCAUGUACAUAUUUCUCGAGUGUGCAUGAAGUUAAAUGCUAUCACCUGUGACCGGAAACUUGUAAAAGUGGUGAAUUUUCAUUAUCAGACAGAUAUAAAUAAAGACCAGAUUAAGAGGUUUCUCGCUUUGAAACCUCGGGCUGACAAUAUUACUACUAUUGACCUCACAAGUUGCUAUUGGUUGACUUCUUCGUUUAUUCAAAAUUUGGUCAUCCGGCUAACAAAUGUGCAAAAUAUUCUUCUUGCUGACACCACACUAAUCCCAAGCCACCUUAAAAAUUUGCUACAAACCUUGAGUAGGAUAACAAGAUUGUCCUGGACGUGGCGGAAAGGAAUGGACAGUAAUGGUCUUGAGGACAUUCUAAAAAGAUUGGAGUUUCUAUAUUUGUGUAUUCCUGAAUCUAAAUGCUUAGCUGAUAUUGUUAAGUGGGUUAAUCUAUGUACUGAGCUCAGAGAACUCUGGAUUAAUAAUAUAGAUAGUCAUAGCUACAUGCGAUGUGAUAAACCAAUUGAAUUGAGGCACCUAGAAAGAAUUAUCCUGUAUCCAUGUACUGUUUGGCCUGUUAUAGCGACAGAGGCAGACCUAAAGCAAAACUGGAGAUCCAUUCCAUCUAUCACCAAAUCUGAUAAGGAAAAGUUAUUGAAUAUAGAAUCCAUUUAUGCUCAUCGGUGGAGUGAAGUUUGUCAUGUUGUUGAAUUAGGUGCUUCAAAAAUUGAAAGAAUAUGCUCUCCAGGCCCAGUGGGAACAAAUUCUGAAAUUAUCUUAUCUCACCUCAGUAGACUGACAGCUCUUAAUAUAGUUUUGCCUGAGUCCUCAUAUUCGGAUUGUUUGCCUUCUCACAAUUUAAAUUUGAAUGAACUGAGUCUUGGUGUGGCCUCUAAGAUCCAAGAAUGUUCUGUCAGCUUUUGUGAGAUGGCAUCGACUUGUCCCAAUCUUACUUAUCUAAACUUACCUGUGCAAGCUCUAGUUUGUGUUGCCCCUAAUGUUGAUUCCUCAUCAAACAGUUCAGCAAAGCGUGUAAGCCGAGUGAGAGAAAAUCUUCCUGGUGGUGCGGAAACCCCAUUUAACAAAAUGGUUGAAUGUACCCCUCUUGUAGAGGUAUUUGAAAUUGGUGUAACUGGCGAAAAUAGCAUAGUACCUAAAAAGCCAAGUAACCUGCGAUGGGAUGCUAUGAGUUUGUCCUCUGUUGGUGGCUGGAAACAUCUAAUUGCUGUUACUCUUGCAAACCUUCCCAUUAAUAAUGGAAAGUUUCUAGUGCCUAUUUUGAGAGAUUGUACCCUGCUGAAGAGUUUGAAGAUUGUAGAUCUGGGAAAUGAAGCUGCCUGUGUGUAUGCUCAUGACUUGUACUGUGCUCUUCCACUGGGCAAAGCUUUGCAGGACUUCCACUGGACACAAUCUUAUAUAGGUUCAACUUCUAAAUUGUGGACCGCAUUGCAAAGCAUUCCCACUUUGCAACGAGUGGCUCUUUGUCUACAGGGACAAAGCGAAUUGGAGGAGCCUGACAUUUACAAAACUAUGGAAGAGUGCAAACGGCUUUCCUUCUUGCACUUGGCUACUUGUACCACUAAAGUUAAAGCUAAACUCAUCAAACGGAACUUAAUGGCAAGAUGGUCUGAGAGCCGCCCUCAUCUGUGUUUGUGGCUAGGAAUGCCUGGAGAACUGUCCGACUCAAUUGAAACUUCUCCUGCUAUCCACUCAGGAGAAAUGCUCCAAGAGGGGUCGCGCAUUAUAGGCAUUCCAUCUCACAGUUUGAAGUUCCUAUCAAUUGGCCAGAGGGAGUGGGCCCCACACAUGUGAAAGUCAAAACUUAAGAAAUACCUGAUUAGAAAAAAAA